AUGAGGGCGGACAUAUGCGUCCACCUGAACCGUAAGGUGUUCAACGAGCACCCGGCGUUCCGCCUGGCCUCGGACGGCUGCCUGAGGGCGCUGGCCGUGCACUUCACCAUGUCACACAGCGCUCCGGGCGACAUGCUCUUCCACACGGGCGAGAGCAUCGACACGCUGUGCUACAUCGUCUCCGGGUCGCUGGAGGUCAUCCAGGAUGACGAGGUGGUAGCCAUCUUGGGUCAGGGUGACGUGUUCGGUGACACGUUUUGGAAGGAUCCGACCGUCGGCCAGGCGGCGGCCAAUGUACGAGCGCUGACCUACUGCGACCUGCACACCAUCAAACGGGACAAGCUGCUCGAGGUGCUCGACUUUUACCACGCGUUCGCCAACUCGUUCGCCCGCAACCUGGUGCUCACGUACAACCUGCGACAUCGGUUGAUAUUCAGGAAGGUCUCCGACGUCAAGAGGGAGAAGGAGUUGGCAGAGAGGAGGAAGAACGACCCACCUCCCGAUAUAAGUCAGGACCAUCUGGUUCGGAAGAUCUUCUCACGGUUCAAAAAGUCCAGCGACAGAUCCAACAGCCAACAGGGACUGAGGGACCUGGAGGCCGGUCACAGGACGGAGCCCGACACGCCUGGCUCAGCUGCCGGCGGCGGUGGUGGCGCGGGAGCCGCGGCCGUCGCGAGCGUGGAUGACCCCUCACCACCUGCUCUGGGUGCUGUGAGUGCGGCCGGAGCCACCGCCGCUGCCGCUGCCACCACUCCGUCAGAGGAAAAGAAGGAGAAACCCAAGAUCAAGUGGGGUCCGAAAGUGGCGCCGCCGCCGCCGGAGAGGACUGAGGCCGGUGCGGACGAGGCGGCGCGUCCUCCGCCGGUGGAAGAGCCCGCUCGGCCUCCGGCGGCGCCGGCCAAACGGCUGGAGGUGGUCGAUCCGGUGCAACUGGUAGCCGGCGCCACACACCCGUCCGAGCUUCAGCAGCUGCUCUCCAGUCUGAUGGACUUCAAGGUGGACCUCAAGCUGGAGAUGCAGAGGCUGCACCAGCGGAUCGGUCGACUAGAGGACUCUCUGACCGAUGUGUGCGGACGCGUGCCGUACGCUGCCAGCCCGGCGCCGGGCUCGCGGCCGUCCAAAGACCGUGGCGCCGGCAGGCGGGGCGAUAGAGGCGCCGCAGCGGACAAGGCGAUUGUGCAAAACCAGACUCGGCCGUCCGGUGCCGGCGCCGGGGCCGAGGCGGCUGCCGGUAAACGGCCGAGCAGGCCGCGGUGUCAGUCGGCCACGGCGCGAGUGAGCGAGGACAGUCCGACGGACUCGAUGGUGCAGCGAAUGCUGGAGGACGAAAUCGGACGGCCGGGCGAUUCCUCGCCGCGGCGGCACCCCAUUUACGGUGACGACCGGCCCGGCUCGCCCGAGGAGUACUUGUAG